GGUUCGACAGAUAAGAUAUCGUAGGUGUCCGCCAGUUUGUUCACAAGUUGGAAAGCAAUUGUGAAUCUGCUAUCAUUGUCAAACAGUGAGCAUUAGAAGAGACACACCGUCAAACCGUGACUGUUGGGACAAACUUGGUGCAUUUUAGGACACAAAUCUCCAGAAUACAGGAAAUAUGACAAAGACAAAAUGUCACAGACCAUAGUCCCCAUUUCAGUGGGAGCACAGAGCUACUUACCAGGCGAGGUACAGCAAACAAUUAGAAAAUGCAUAGCAUCCAAAUCAGAUAAAUUAGCAGACUUUAUACGUAGGUUUGGCAGUGCAAUAGUUCAACAUUGCAAGAAGGAAUAUAAAGUGGAGAUAAUUUUGAGUGAAAACAAUGUACUGUUAGCCGGACUGAAUUCCUCAAAUAUUGAAGCGUGCGAGACAUAUGUAAAACUUUACAUAAAAGAACGUCGUCGUUUUGUUCGAAUACCAUCACAAAGGUGGCCUCUCACUAAAAAGGAAAUUCGAUAUGUGACAGAUGUUGGUAAAUGUGUUGUGGCAAUGCAUAGUUUGGACAGCGUCCGUAUACAUGAAACAAACUUACAUCGUUGGCUAAAUCCAUACGGAUCGCUAGAAUUUCGAAUCAAUGAAGCAGGUAGCGAUGUCAACACGGAUUUACUCAUUCUGUUGACGGAUGACAAAUUCAGUCCUCUCUGCUGUACUGAUGAUAUAAUGCGUUUUUUGAUCCUCAAGACCGUUCAUACCGCCCAGUUAGGUUCCGCUUACAGUCAUAAACUGGACGAAACCAACAUGCUUGAUAGUUUCCGUUGCACAGAGGUUUGGACUGUUGUUUGUACUCACACUGACCGGGCAAUGUGUUUUGACAUUAUAAACAACACAAACCUAAGAAAGGCAUUUCAGAAAAUUGUAGAACAUGCAAUUAAAAUGCGUUUUGCCGAAAUAUGUGUACUUUCAUCGGUAGAAGAUGAAUUUAAAGGCGAAAUGAGAAUACGAGACAUUGUCAAAAUGUUGGUAAUGGCAACAAACCCUUUGAACACAAAUCCGACAGAGAGAGUCUCUGUGGACGUUAAGGUAAAAAACAAAGACAUUAUGGAGGCAAAGGAUGCUAUUGAUACGGAGUUUAAGAAAUCUUACAGGGUCUAUGAAAAGUUUCCGAAAUCAAACUCUUCCAGAGGGAAAUCAAUAGCUAUCAAAUCGAAGAAAGGAAAUAUCCAGGAUGCAAACGCGGAAGUUAUAGUCAAUACAACAACAACUGCGUUGACCUUUAGUGGAAAGUGUGGAUCAGCCAUCAAAGUGGCGACCGGUGAAGAAAUCGAAGAGGAAUGCAGGAAUCGUUAUCCAAACGGUAUUCCGGAAUGUUCCGUCGUGUACACGUGGUCAUAUAAGUUGAAAAAGCUGAAUGACGUGAAAUACAUUUUCCACACAGCCCUUCCAAAAUACACGAUGUUCAACGAAACAAAGGUUAAGGAAGUUGUCAAGAAAUGCUUGUAUUUGGCCGAGGAGCUCGAUUGUAAGAGUAUAGCGAUUCCGGCUCUCGGAGUUGGGGGCCUUGGGUAUCCACGGCGUGAGUCCGCGUUUUAUACCUAUGAAGCUAUCAAGGAAUAUGGAUUGGAAAAUCUGCAGACGAAUCUAUGCACAAUUCAAAUCAUAUUAUCUAGUGACGAUGAAGCAACUUGCAAGGCAUUUGACAAUGAAGAAUCGAGACGACGUCAAAAAAUUCCUUUACCAUCAACACCAGUCAGUUACGGCGCACCAAUUUUACGAAGAUGUUUAGAACAGCGUCCACAAACAUGUGUUCGGAUUAUGUUAACUAAAGCCGCAACUUGUCCAGCCUACGCUGUGAAAAUAAAAUUCAAAUCCGGAGUAUCUUCGAUUGAAAUCAUUGAUGCGAGAAAACAAACAUGGAAUGAUUCUAUCAAAUUACCAAUUCAAAUCGGAACUGAUGUGCAACAAGAUUUGGCGAAACAAUUAUAUGAAGAACGAAUCACGCAUUUGAUUUGGAACCUAGAAACGAAAAUGAAUAUACCGACUCAACAUCUAGUCAGCAAGAUAGUUGAUUUAUUAGAAAAUAUGGCUGGCUCCGAACAUUUGAAGUACUUACGAAUCGUCGAUGUACUUGUAAAUGAAUCCAUGUUUGACGGGUUGAAAGCAGAAUUAACCAACUGGGAGAUCACGUAUGAAACAGAGGAACCUACUCAUUUCCUGGAGUUGAUUGCUGAGAGCAGAGAAUCGUUGAAAAGCGCUCAGGGGAUCGUGGGCAGUAUAUUACACGAAAGACGUCAAAUCCCGACCACAUCGCAGACGUCCGACAAAUAUUCGAAAGCCUCGGCGUUAUCGACGUAUGUACCUGGAAACUAUCCGUCAAAACGUGAUCAUGAAAAUACCUCAAAAAAGCUCACCCUUCAAGCGGAUCUACCCUCGUCGUCAAGGGAAAAUAAACUUAGCACAAAAGACGAUCCAACAUAUGAUACAAUAGAUGAAUCAAAUGUAUCAUCAGCAACUAAACAGUCUACAGAAAAUAGUGAAGAAAAUGACUAUAAGCAUACAUAUGAGACGAUUGCCGAUGUAAGCAGCCUUCAACCAUUCAAUCAUGCUCAGUCGUAUUCUUCAUCACAAAAUGCAAUUCCACAGGAUGGAAUUGCGAAGUAUAAAACACCCGUUCCUGGGGUACACUUGUCUGAGACACAAGAUGUGUCUGUUGAGAAAUCCACUUCUGGGACUCCUUUAACGACUUCACAGAAAAACCAGCCCAGUAUCUUCGAGGUAUCCGCUUGUAUCAAUACUGGUAUAAUUGACUAUCUUACUGAACAAGAUCUGCUACAUGACUGGAUAGCAUCUGUUCAAACAAAGUAUAAUGUCGACAUUUGUCAAAAUGAGGCAGGAUACUCUGUGUUUGGAAGUUUGGAUGACAUAGUCAAAUUUGAACACCAUCUGGAAAAUGGAUUGAACGACUUGACUAUAAACAAAAAACAAAACAAACAAACAAUAGAAGAAGACUACUAUUCCAGGGAUGACAUUGAUAAAUUCUUGGCACUUGCAGAACAAGAAACUGUUACGUUCAACACAAAUAAAGAGGCAAAACGUGCACUUGACAUACACAUUAACAAAUUUGAGGACAUAUACAUGACGUGCAAAGAUAACACAAUAAGUAUAUUUGGAUCACCUGCGAAUGUCGCUAAAGCUUUCCAUUCACUGUCCCCAUGCUCAUCAUGGACAUGCUUAAAGUUUCAAAUACCGAUUUCGAAAGUAAUCUUCACUGUACUGCAAGGGGAUAUCAGGAACGUGGGUACUGAAUUUAUAGCAGUUUCCUCAACAGCAAAAAUGACGAAACAAAAAGGUGCUGGAAAGAAUAUAAGCGAUAUGCUUGGCGAAAACUAUAUGAAAGAGUGCAGUAUGUCGAUUCAAAACGAUGGUGUUUUAAGGUAUGCAGAAUGUCGUGUGAUUAAAUCGGGAUUAUGUGUCAGACGGUGGAUUGGGAACGUCACACUCCCUACAUACACAGAAAGUCAGACAAAUCCAAAAUGGGAACACGUUUUGAUGGAAGCAUACUCAAAAUGUCUCUUUACAGCAGAUCGUAAACAAUGUGCUACUAUGGCCAUGACUUGUAUUGGUUCAGAGGGAGGUUUUCCAUUAAAAGAUUGUGUCGACUAUCUUUGUCAGUCUCUAGAGGCGUUAAAACCGACACAUCUCAAGCAGAUACUACUCGUCGAGAUUACACAGGAACACUUUGAAAAGAUAAGCAGGUUGAUAACAGGGAGGAAGACGUGGACAAGAAAAAAGGAAUCAAGGGUAUAAAUAUGUCUUGCAUAACUGUUUUAAAACAGGCCGUGGCAUAGUAAUUUAUGACAUACCCCGAAAAAUGCCCAUAGUAUUUUGUAUCACUCAUAUUUGGUUUGGUUUGGUUUGUAAUGGGUUGUGUUUAUAACUUUCGCAUUUGGAAGUUUCUCUUUAUUCGCGACAUUUUUGUAAUUUUUAUUUUGUUUAAAAAAAAGAAAUAUACUUUUUGUAAACAAAUUUAAAGAAUUAAUCGGACUUUAUUCUUCCAUCUUGCAAAACGGUUAGUAGUGUGAAAAGCGAAACGAAAGAUAACUUUUAUUAUAUGUUAUUUAUAAUAUGAUAUAUUAUUGAAAAAUGUGUAUAUGUUAAUUACCAUCAUGUGACCAUUAAACAGAAGCUUUAGUAAAUAAUAUUUAUAACAUGUAUUUAUUUUUCAUUAUCGAAAACCUAAAAUGAGGAUCAUCAUAUAGCCCUCAAAAUGUUCGGCGUGUAUUUGCAUAACAAAACAUUAAUAAAUAAAUUAUAUUGAACGAUGAGGUAUACUAUAUUUAUGUGACAUUAAACAAUAACAAAUUAAGUAAAACAUUAUUCAUAGAAGACUGCCAUAUAUGCUAGACUGUGUAUUCACCUGGUUCUUGCUGCGGAUCAUAUUGAUGAAAACAUUCUUAUAUAAAGCUAAAGGAUUUUAUGGUAUUCUUUUUUCCAACAAAUUCGUUUACCACUCAUCACAAUUUAUGUUCACAUAAUUUUAAAAAUGUUUAGUUAUUAAAAACGCACAUUAACAUAUGCGUUUAUAUCAUUGUAUUAUUGACAAUAUUAUAUGUGUUUAAAUACAUUCUAUUUAUACUUCGGCGUCUACAUAUUGAAGUAUUGUCAUUGUACGUUGCAAUGUCUUGUACAGUUUGUAGAUAUUUAUUUCAUUUUAAUGUGUUGUGCAUGAAUGUAUUUAUUGAGAAAUUUCUGACUUAUGGCCAUUGUGUGAAAUCAUUGACGAAGGCCCGUUGCUCUGACCUGCAUUUUUACUAAUGUUUGUUCAUAUUCAUUUGAAGUUUAUACCUGUUUCGAUUGAAGUUGCUAUCUGUAUUCAAUAUUCGGAUUGAAUUUAAGAGAUUUUAAAAUAUAUGAUUAGUAUGUAAUAUUAAUUUGAGAUAUAUUUACUUAUGAACAAAAAUAUAAAAUGCAUGUUUUCUGGGCCAUUUUAUGUGGUUAGUUUAGCAGAAUGAUUCCUAUUUUCUUCAAUCAUACACGUGACGAUUUAUGUGCAAUUAGUGCAUUAAUGUAUGUCUAUGUAUCUAGUUCGUAAGUACAAGCUCUUACAUGCUCUGUUUAGCUGUAAGAAUCAUAAUACAAUGUCCCUCACUAAUGCCUAUAAAUGAUCCAUGCGAGUAUAUCGUUUUACGCUACAGAUAACGGAAAACAAUAAUAAAACAUCAAUGUUACAAGAUAAGUAUUGAUGCAAAGCAUCAAAGGGCGUCGGGAAUUUCAGUGUAAAAGGCACUCAAUGAAGUUACAUGGAACGAUUUUUUUCAACUGUAAAUAUUAAUAUAUUGGCCGAUUAUUUUAAACAAAAUAGAAAAAGAUACUGGUAUAACCAUUAUCUAUGAUUUUGUGUUAUAACCCAGUUGGGUUAUUUCCCAGUCCCUGUGAUCUUUCCCCUGUAAUCAGUUGUACAAACAUAUGUACAUUGAUCCGUAAAAUAACUUCUCCUCCCAUAAGCGAAAACAAUGCAGUACAUACUAGUCGCCGCCCUCCAGGGCGACGCCAAUAGUCAUUUAACCAGGGCUCCCGCUGCCGUUCGGUAUUUCACCAAAUGCGAAAGUUUUAGAAAACUUGCGAUACAAUCUCUCAAUUUGAAAAACAAGUGGCCAUUAAAAUCAAUUAGUUCUGGAGAAUGCCUAUUCAACACAUGUGGUGCUAAAGUUGAGCAUUAAAAUGGACAGUAGGGGACCAUAAAACUUCUUGAAAGUUUUCUUAGAUGAUGCCUUGAUUAAUGAACUUGUGCCACUUAACUAUGCUUCUGCAGUUAAAUGGCCCAUUAAAACUACACUCAAGAAUAAGAAAAUGGAAAGAGUUUACCUCUAAGAUUUUCCUGGCUAUGGCAACAAAUAUUGGGCUCAUUUACAUGUUAGAUCUGGAAUGUAUGUUGUUAUGCCCCCCUUCGAAGAAGACGGGGUAUAUUGUUUUGCUCAUGUCGGUCGGUCGGUCCGUCCGUCCGUCCACCAGAUGGUUUCCGGAUGAUAACCCAAGAACGCUUAGGCCUGGGAUCCUGAAACUUCAUAGGUAGAUUGAUCAUGACUGGCAGAUGACCCCAAUUGAUUUUCAGGUCAAAGGUCAAGGUCACAGUGACUCAUUACAGUAAAAUGGUUUCCGGAUGAUAACUCAAGAAUGCUUACGCCUAGGAACAUGAAACUUCAUAGGUACAUUGAUCAUGACUGGCAGAUGAGCCCUAUUGAUUUUCAGGUCACUAAGUCAAAGGUGAAGGUCACAGUGACUCGAAACAGUAAAAUGGUUUGCGGAUGAUAACUCAAGAAUGCUUACGCCUAUGAUCAUGAAACUUGAUAGGAACAUUGAUCAUGACUGGUAGAUGACCUCUAUUAAUGUUCAGGUCACUAGGUCAAAGGUCAAGGUCACAGUGACUUGAAACAGUAAAAUGGUUUCCGGAUGAUAACUCAAGAAUGCUUACGCCUAGGAUAAUGAAACUUCAUAGGAACAUUGAUCAUGACUGGCAGAUGACCCCUCUUGAUGUUCAGGUCACUAGGUCAAAGGUCCAUAUCACAUUGACUGGAAAUAGUAAAAUGGUUUCCGGAUAACUCAAGAAUGCUUACGCCUAUGAUCAUGAAACUUCAUAGGUACAUUGAUCAUGACUGGCAGAUGAGCCCUAUUGAUUUUCAGGUCACUAAGUCAAAGUUGAAGGUCACAGUGACUCGAAACAGUAAAAUGGUUUGCGGAUGAUAACUCAAGAAUGCUUACGCCUAUGAUCAUGAAACUUAAUAGGAACAUUGAUCAUGACUAGUAGAUGACCUCUAUUGAUGUUCAGGUCACUAGGUCAAAGGUCAAGAUCACAGUGACUUGAAACAGUAAAAUGGUUUCCGAAUGAUAACUCAAGAAUGCUUACGCCUAGGAUAAUGAAACUUCAUAGGUAAAUUGAUCAUGACUGGCAGAUGACCCCUCUUGAUGUUCAGGUCACUAGGUCAAAGGUCUCUGUCACAUUGACUGGAAAUAGUAAAAUGGUUUCCGGAUGAUAACUCAAGAAUGCUUACGCCUAUGAUCAUGAAACUUCAUAGGUACAUUGAUCAUGACUGGCAGAUGACCCCUAUUUAUUUUCAGGUCACUAGGUCAAAGGUCAAGGUCACAGUGACUCAAAAUAGUAAAAUGGUUUCCUGAUGAUAACUCAAGAAUAUUUAGGCCUAGGAUCAUGAAACUUCAUAGGUACAUUGAUCAUCACUGGCAGGUGACCCCUAUUGAUUUUCAGGUCACUAGUUCAAAGGUCAAGGUCACAGUGACAAAAACCGUAUUCACACAAUGGCUGCCACUACAACUGAUAGCCCAUAUGGGAGGCAUGCAUGUUUUGCAAACAGUCCUUGUUAAAUGAGAUUUUAAAUAAAAACGAAUAUUUGAGAAAAAAAUACUUUUAAUAUUUUAUUGCUUAAAAUGUACAAGGAAGUGAAAAUAGACGGAACAUUACUGAUUAAAUAACAGAGAAUGAGUAUGUAUGUUUCGAUAUGGAAGAGUUAACAUGCAUGUUUUGGCACAUGACGCAAUGACAACACAACAUGACAAUAUAUAAUGAGCAUUGAACUUAUUUAUGACGCGAGUUUGUGGUCCGUAUUGGAGCUGAAUGUUCGGUGAACUGGACAUUCAAGUAAGUAAUAGUGUAAUAUUGUUUUUUUAAUAAUAAAUAAAAAAUAAAAGCAUUCUAUCGCAUUGAACACUAUGAUUUAAGAAUGGUCACAAAAUGGCUCAUAUUUUUAAAAGUGGCGAAUAAAGUAUUCAAGUGGCGAAAAUUGGUGGCGAAAGAAACAUUUAACCCAGCGAGAGCGCUGUUAACGGCUUAAAAAAAAUGUUGCCUAGUUUUACUUUGUGGUUAUUACAAGGUGAAUGCUCGCGUCCUAUAUAUAUUAUUUGUCAUUAGCGGAAUUUGAAAGAAUUACCACAAGUUUAAUAAUGUGUUUCAAAAACUGCAUGAGCUUGAAAGCGAGGUAAUUAAAUAUUGACAGUCCUGGCAUUUCUAAAUUAUAUAGCGCUAUAAAACAUGUUUGUACUGAACAAUGCAUAUGUUCAUUUGCAUAUGAUACCAAUAAACUUUAGUUUAAUGA